CGAUCGGUUCGAGAGCUUUUACAUCCUCGACUUCGUCCUGCACCGGCGGCCACUCUAUCCGUCUGACGGCGUUUAACGGAGCUGCUGCGAUGCUCUGGGUCGCCGAUGCGAUUCGCGUCUUUCUAUUGUGACGCGGCGAUAAAUCAUCAUCACCGUCAUCUUCGUCCCGAAAUGUACACCUCUGCGGCGGACGCCGACAUCGUCAUCGUCAUCGACACCAGACCUUCUUCCGUUCGCUUCCUGGGCUGAGCUGAUAGUGCGCCUGUGCAGCGGCUUGCGCGAUUCCAGGAUAGCCGCGAUUCUUUCCCCGUCACACCGGGGAGACCCUGACUUUGAAUAAACGCGCGCCGAACUCUCGAACUACGUUACACGGUUAUUGCGCUAUCGCCGAGUGACUAACGUCCGGGAGUAGUUACGCGGGUGAAAAUUAAAAAAAAAAAAAAAAAAACAAAAAAAGCAUCGACUCCGUAAAGUGCAUCGAGUUUCUCGCCCGGCGUCGAAUCCUCGCCGACUGGUUUUAUAUCCGAAUCAUUCGACUAUCACGGAUGAUUUACCGCAAAGUCAAGAACCCCGAGAGGGCGUGAAUCGGACCUUUACUCGCGCAGUAAUAAAGGCAGUGCCCUAGUUCUACUUGCGGAGCGCGUGUUUUCCCGCAGGCAUCAUUACUCAGUGCGCGAAGAACGAGCGAGCUGGCGAGCCAGAUGUCUAAGUUGUGUAUAGUUAUCUCAUAGAUCGCGCACCGCUCUACGGGAAGAUAAUAACAACACGUCGGAUAGGCGUAAGAUAAGAAGAUAAGUAGAUGAAUAGAUGGUCGGCGAGGUGAAGGGGGAGUCGAGAGUUGCCGGGAUGUCGUCGCGUUGCGCGGAUGUCAUGGUGCAGAGGCGCGUCGGCGCGUGAGUGUGUGACGUCGUCGUUCCGACGUCGAGACGCUGAUCCGUCGGUCCGUCGGUCCGUCGGGUUGAUAGGACGGAUAGGACGGGAACGGCUCGAGUCCGGGUUGGGGUGGCGUACGUGGCGUGCGCCGUCCCUGCUUGCGGGGCUGAAAAGCAAGUGCAGUGUGCCGAAAACGCGAGGUGGUUUCGUCGUCGGUCCCUGCACCUCGUACUCAUAACGGGCGACAGAGAAGGUGAGAGAAGGCGAGAAAGAGAGAAAGAGAAGGAGAGAGCUCGAAAAAGCUCGCCGGUCGUUGCGGUGCCGAGCGGCGAGGAAUCGGAGCGGAGAGCGACGCAGAUCAGCCGGAUCACCGGAGGAAGAGAGUUGGGGAGAAGAAACGCAGGAGAAAACCGUCACGCCAGCGAAACGAUUGUUCUCCUUCGUCUCCGGAGGAGCAACGAAGAAUCCGCUGAUUAUCCAUUUUUUUUUUUUUUUUUUUUUUUCCUCCGCACGCAUCUUCUCUCAUCCCUUGUCGCGACCCCCUUCGGCGUUACUAAUUUCAAUAUUUGCAACGCACGCACACCUACGCACACCCGCAAACGCACACGCACGCGUACGCAGCAGUGCGUUGAUAUGGUCAGCUGUGUGCGGACCGCGGUGUUGAAGAUACGCCGCUGUGAAAUAUCAGGAAAUGCGCCCUAGGCACAACGCGACGUUUAUCGACAGGGACACCCUACGGCAUCGAAAUGUUCGCGUACGGUUUCGAGAUCACAUAGGCAUGUAAUACAUUAUAAUCAAAUGUGCGGCGUGUGCCUUGUGUAAUUUCACGGUGAAAAUCUGGCGUAAACGGUGCCGCGGUGGGUCAGGGAUCAUGGCGUCGGUCUCGGCCGAGACACCAGCCAGCCAUGGGCACAGCUUCAGUAAGAAAACGUUUCACAAACCCACCUACUGUCAUCACUGCACGGACAUGCUCUGGGGCCUCUUACAGCAGGGGUACACCUGCGAAGUCUGCAACUUCGUGGUGCACGACCGCUGUCUCAAGACCGUCGUCUCUCCCUGCUCCAGCAUCGCGGCAAGCCUGAUCAAGAACCCGGUUGCACAUUGUUGGUCGGAACAAGUGCACCACAAAAGAAAAUUCUGCAAUGUAUGUCGUAAACGCCUCGAGGAUAGCCCAUCGAUUCACUGUGAGAUAUGCGAGUACUAUGUGCACACGGAUUGCCAGGAUUUUGCGGUUGCCGAUUGCAAGGAGAACGCGACUUACCUGCCAGGGAAGGAUUUAGCUUCGGUGCGUCACACCCAUCAUUGGCGGGAAGGGAAUCUUCCCAGUAAUUCGAAAUGCGUGGUAUGCAAGAAGACUUGCUGGUCGGCGGAAUGUCUUUCUGGAUAUCGGUGCGAGUGGUGUGGCAUGACGUCGCAUGCCUACUGCCACAAGAACAUACCGCCGGAGUGCACGUUUGGAAAUUUGGAGCCAAUAUACCUGCCUCCGCAUGCAAUCAGUAUACCUCGCACCGAGGUCCCUAUGGAGGCGAUCAUUGGGGUCCAGGUGCGUCGCAAGGAAGUUCUCGCGCGUGAGUAUUCUUGCCAUUACACUGGAGAGCAAUUCGAUUUCGCUGAGAGUGAACAAAUUGGGGGCGAAGGCCACCUUGCCGCAGCUUUGAGGCGCCUUUCACUAGUUUUGCAUCGUAGCUGCCAUGGAAAUUGUCAUGCUUCCCCUCCUUAUGUUCGAGCACGUAAUAUUUCAGAGGAAUUCAGCAGCGGAGACGCUCGGAAUCGAGACAAUGAUGAACCGGCGCAGCAAAGCGGUGCUCACAGCCGGGAUUCCAGGCCCCAGAAAGAAAAGGACGACAGAGACGAAGAGAUGAUCAAAGUUUACGAUGGCAAUAUUUCUGCGAGGCGUCGGAUAUUUCGAGUUAUCAACGUCCCUCGUCAAGCCAGUAUCGACCAGGUCCUCACCAUAGCUCUAAGAGCAUUCCACAUAACGAAAGAUCUGAAAAACUUUUACCUAACUGACUUGUACGCCGCCGACGAAGCUCGUUUGUGUGAUCCAACACCCAUUAAUAACUUACAGCGGAAGGAAGGCAAGCGUCCGGCUGUCUUUCUGCGUUUUAAGGACAACGAGUGUGGCGAGGUACGAGUCUACCCAGGUAAACUUCAGGUGUCUGAGGCAUUCUGCAACGUCCCUGUUGACGAAGGAAGUACCGUCACCGAUCUUAUUCGGGAAGCUCUUCUUCGGUUUGGACUUGAAAAUUUCAAAUGCGAGGAAUAUCGCUGCAGCGAGAUUUUACUGGAUCGUGGUGUAGUUACGGAACGGGUGCUGUCCUGGAACGAAAAACCUUGGGACAUCGUAAAGCUACUUGGAAAGGACUCGAUCCGUCAAAUGGAAUUGAUGAGGUUUUACCUUCAGUUGAAACAAGAUCCUCACGGGCCGAAUCUGGCGUUAUUUGUCGGAAAUCUUCCACCCAAUCUUUCAGAACGUAAUUAUGAGAAUAUGUUGACGGAGUUCUUGGGUAAAGAAAAUAAAUUUUCAUCCAUUGGCCCAAUUUAUUACGAGUAUGGAUCAAUGGUGAUUAUAUACGAGGAUUCAAACAAGGCCGUAAAGGCAUUGUACACAUUGCGCGAAUCAAAAUACGAAGACAAACACCUUUUAGUAAUGCUUCUGCCCAGCAUCGAGCCGAGUAUGGUACCGCCUGGUGUUCAGCCUCUACUUGUAUUUGUAAAUGUCAAGUCUGGUGGAUGUCAGGGUCUGGAAUUAAUUUCCAGUUUUCGAAAGCUUUUGAAUCCAUACCAAGUGUUCGAUCUGGAUAACGGAGGCCCCCUUCCCGGACUGUACGUUUUUCGGCAUAUAAGAAAUUACAAGAUUCUUGUGUGCGGAGGCGACGGAACAAUAGGCUGGGUAUUGCAAUGCCUUGAUAACGUUGGCCAAGAUAGCGAGUGUUCUUCGCCGGCAUGCGCAAUUGUUCCUUUGGGAACUGGCAACGAUUUGGCAAGAGUUUUGCGCUGGGGUUCCGGGUACACGGGUGGAGAAGAUCCGCUGAGUUUAUUGCGGGACAUCAUCGAUGCCGAGGAAAUAAAGUUGGAUCGAUGGACGGUGGUUUUCCACCCGGAAGAUAAGGAGGAUAAAUCUCAGCAAGUUCCCAAUGCCGCAGUUGCUGGUUCAACGAGCGAAGAUAAUACCCAAAUAUUUGUAAUGAACAAUUACUUUGGUAUCGGAAUCGACGCCGAUCUGUGUUUGGCCUUUCACAAUGCGAGGGAAGAAAAUCCAAACAAGUUCAACAGUCGAUUCCACAACAAGGGAGUAUACGUUAGAAUGGGAUUGCGCAAGAUGGUCGGUCAGAAACUCUGUAAAGACUUGCACAAGCAAAUACGAUUAGAAGUCGACGGAAAACUAGUAGAAUUACCGCAGGUCGAAGGCAUCAUUAUACUGAAUAUUUUGAGUUGGGGCUCUGGCGCUAAUCCGUGGGGUCCGGAGAAAGAGGAUCAGUUCAACAAACCGAAUCACUGGGACGGGGUGUUGGAAGUAGUUGGAGUUACAGGUGUGGUACACCUGGGACAAAUACAGUCUGGUCUUCGCUCCGCUAUGAGAAUAGCUCAAGGUGGACAUAUAAAAAUUCAUCUACACUCAGACUUGCCAGUUCAGGUAGACGGAGAACCCUGGGUUCAGAGUCCAGGCGAUGUUGUAGUCCUGAAGUCUGCGUUGAAGGCAACCAUGUUGAAGAAAAAUAAGAUCAAGCGUCGGAAUACCGAACCGUCGAUUCUACCUGCUAAUGGGGAGGGGGGCAAGAGCACGGACGAGUAAAUCAACCAUUCUGCAGCUUGCAACUAGUCAGUUGUUUGAUCAUUCGUUGUAAGGUGCGCGAUCCCUACCUAGACUCCUCCGUGCGUAUAUAAAAUAUACAUGUAUAUAUACAUAUAUAUAUAUAUAUAUAUACACAUACCUAAUACAUACAUAUAUGUAUAUUAAUAAUACGCGCAAUGCACGGGAGGGGAGUUUCGGAGUGAUCCCACUGAUAAAAACGUCAGACAGACCUCUCGUACGAAGAUUGUUCCUCGGCGCAUGCAACCCUUUCACUCCACAUCCGAAUCUUACCAAUUGCCCAACGCAGUUUAUGCUUUCCGUAUUUUAUCGAUUAGCCAUGCAUUCUUCCAAUUAGUAAAUAUUUUAGCUUUAACUAUGUAAAUUUAUUUCAUUUUUUCUCGAUACGUCGUUUACAUAUUUGUCGAAUUAUUAUUAUUAUCAUCAUUAUUUGAAAGAAAAAAAAAAAAAAGAGCAAACUCAUAUUAUUAUUAUUAUUAUUAUUAUUAUUAUUAUUAUUAUUAUUAUCAUCACUAUCAUUAUUAUUGCAUAUAAUUAUCAAUUCUGGUGUUGUGAACGAAACCGCUAUUUUCUUCGACAUUCGCAUUGACAAUUGUUAUCGAUCGAUCGUUCGUUCGUUCGUUCCUCUGUGCAUCCUCCUGAUCCUAUCCCUUCCUAGGCCACGAUGCUGAAGAAGGUGAAGAGUAAAAUGAAGAGGCGAAAUACAGAGCCCAGCAUGCAGUUAGCGCUUCAAGCUGGACCCUCGAACGAUCCGGAUAUCGAGAACUUCUGAAUCAACGCUUCUUAUCGUACGCACGGAGCUGGAUCGUCGACGAGUAUUAUUUCGCUACAUUAACAUACCUAUACAUUAAUAAAAUUGAUCACAGAUUCAAUUGUGAUUUGAACGGCCUCGAUACGUGCUGUCGUCAAAAAACGGUUACGCUAUUGUUAAACUACACGCAUAAGUACUUA